AUCAUGAAGGUCCUAGUAGCUUUUGUCCUAACCAUCGCCGCCGCCUCCGCUGGGCUCCUGCCCCAGAUCGCGCCUGUGCAUCCUCGAGACAGGAUCACGAAGCCAACCAUCGAUGGACGCAUCACGAACGGAAAGAAUGCAGUGGAGAAUCAGUUCCCCUACCAGGUGGGACUCAGCUUCAUCAGCUUGACAGGAAGCUGGUGGUGCGGUGGCUCCAUCAUCGACAACUCCUGGGUGCUCACCGCUGCCCACUGCACCGACGGUGCCUCCUAUGUUACCGUCUACUAUGGAGCAACCGUGCGAUCUAGCCCCCAGUUCACCCAGACCCUCUCCAAGUCCAACUGGAUCCAGCAUGCCAACUACAUUUCGAAGACCGUCAGCAACGACAUUGCCCUAAUCAAGACCUCGUCCGUGUCCUUCUCGUCCUCCGUGAACAAGAUCAACCUGCCCGCCAUCGCCAGCAGCUACUCCAACUUCGUGGGAGAGACCGCAGUGGCCUCCGGAUGGGGAAUGACCGCCGAUACGGAUACCGGAGCUACCAAGAACCUGCAGUUCGCCGAUCUGACCGUCAUUCCCAACUCCGUGUGCCAGAAGACCUAUGGAGUUUUGGUGGUCACCAGCAAGGUUAUCUGCGUGGACACCUCCAAUGCCAUCUCCACCUGCCAGGGUGAUUCUGGUGGUCCUUUGGCUCUGGAUGGUACUCUCAUUGGUAUUACCUCCUUUGGUGCCGAGGAUGGUUGUGAGAUUGGUCUUCCAGCUGCCUUCACCAGGGUGACCAGCUACUUGGAUUGGAUCCAGACCAACUCUGGCAUCUCUGGCUAG